AUGUAUCUCCCAAAUACCACAUGGACGUGGGCCUUCAUGAUUGCCGCAACCGUACAAGCCGCCGCAGUUCUAGCAAUUGAAUCGUAUGUGUUCGCAAAAUUCCAAACCAGUCUGGUCAAAGGCAAAGAACAAAUAGCUCUCGAUCGAACAAUUCCAACCUACCUUACGCUAUUCAUUUUCGGUUUCCUUUAUCAAGUUGUUCUAGUAUACGAUUCUUUACGACUCAAAAAUACAAUUCAGGUCAUCGGUCUUUGCAUGUACAAUGGCGGAAUGCUAAUAUAUGCCUCCAUUCAAUACGAUCAAAUUCAAACAGCGGUUGAAUCUUUGGGCGACCUUGGUUAUGUGGAUGAGCACGCAAAUGUCUGGCCGGAUGUGCAAGGGCUUUUGGUCGCAGUUCCAUGUAUUAUCGCUUUCUUCUCCAUAUUGAUGUCAUUCAUAGCCUGGAAACUUUAUGACGAAUUUGCCUGGACGAUUUACAAACACAUUAGCGCUGAUUUGCGUAUGAAGCGCAGAUUCUUGACCUACCAAAUUUACAUUGCCCUGUUGAAAUUCGAUUUCUUCUUCUUCUUGGGAUUCACAGUUCAAUUUCUAGUUAUCGUUACUGGUGUACAAGAUUUCGAAUUCGGUUUGACAAUAGCCGCCGUUCCCGUUACCAUCUUCAUUUUAUUCAUGGCCGCCUUCUGGACUCGACGUGAAAAUAAACCAGGAAUGCUCUCGGCCAUCUUCAUCUUCCAUUGUGGUCUGGCCUACUUUAUCUUCAAACUUGCUCGAAUGUACCAACCGGCCAAAGCUGCAGACUAUAUGCCAGUUCGUAAGAAUUUGACCAGUUUCGCCGUCAUCACAAUCAUUUUGAUUAUACUAACCAUCGCGAACGCUUCUUUAUGUACGGCAAACUUCAACAAAGGUCUAAAGCCGCAUUUGAGAAGACGAAAGAUCGGUGGUGAAGAGGAGAAGAUUGAUCACAUGACUGAAUUGCCGGAUCUCAAUAAUUCUCACAAACAAACGAAUCGGAUGACGAUAGAUUAA